UUAAUAGAUUGAAAAUAGACUUUCACUUGUGUAAGGCAUUACAACGCUAAAAGAUCAUCUUCAGCAAACGAGAAGAAUUUUAAGAAAACUAAGGAACAACGGUUACCUACAGGUUUGAGAUGGAGUCGUUGUGUGUUAAACUACUGAAAUCAAUAUUCAUUCUGCCAUUUUGUGCUGGGAAUUUAAGAAGGCGCCGAAAUGGAUUAUGGAAUUACGACUGUACAAUCUCGUCUCGUGUUUUGUUCCUGAUCAUCGUUGCUGUAGUGAUAGUGUUCACCGCCAGCAGAGAGAUACAAACACAUGUCGAAGUUCGGUUGGGAUUUGUUCUACUCCUCCUCACAGUAAUCAUGUUAAGUACAAUAUGUGGCAUGUGUCACCUUGGAUGGUUGGUACAGAAAGACGGUCUCCUAUCCAUCGUUUCCGCUAAACGCGACACAAGAACACCGAAACUUCAAGUGGUAUUCCUGUGGGUAUUCGGUAUCGGGUCUGGACUGUAUUGUGCAUUAUUUGUCGGGAAACAAAUCGAAUGUUCAGUACUUACUAAUGGAGGAUUUUAUUGGCAUGCUUUAUUUUAUUUCAAUAUCUUAUUAACUAUUUCCAUUUUCACGGACUUGAUUUUUCUUUCUUAUUUUUCGCCGUUUGAACUAAAACAAACAACUUCAGUUAAUUUUGCUAUGUUUAUUACUUUAACUGCAAAUGUAACUGUAAUACUAUAUAUUUAUCUUUUGGAUGGUACACUUUUAUUUGUGAAAAUAAUCGACCCUGAUGUUCAGUUGAUUUCCUGUAUAGACAACAACAGUACAAUGACAAUUCUUCUAGACAAAUCACGACGAUUUCUAGCGCCAACUUUUGUUGAGUUCGCCCUUCUAUCGACAACAUUACUUCUUGAUAUUUGGUCACUUACUCAAGUUUAUCAUCCUGAUAGCGGAUCAACUAGCAUCGAAAUAAAUGACAGAGAUAAUUCGGAACAGACAACCUUUAUUCAAAGCGCUGACAAUCAGGACUCGGAGCAGAUAUGUCUUUUAAGUUCAGUUACAUGUACCAAUGAUGAUCCGAAUCAAGCAUAUCGUCAGCAUGCAGCGAUCGAACCUUAUCAUUCCGAAAAUGGCGAUAGACGAAAAGUAUCACAGAUUGUAACCUUGGUUGGCAGCUUAACUGCAGGACUAGGACUUGUCGUUUGUUAUACUGCACAAGCCAUGGCUAUGGAAAACAUAAAAAACAUUCGAUACGCAACUGAAAUUUAUGAAUUAACAUUAGCAGUUGUAAUGGUGCUUGUGAUCUUUGUUGGUUUCUUUUGUUUGACUUAUUACUGUACUCCUGACAGAUCAGCUAAACAUCUGCGGCCUAGUGAUUAUGUGUACUUACUAUCAGCAUUUGGUGUAAUUAUGCUUCAUUUCUAUGAAGCUUUGGGUGGUGACGUGUCCUCCGAUUCGGCCGGUAGUAUUAUUCUGUACAGAAGUAUAAUAAGCCUAUUUCAAGAUUACCUACAAGUUGUCUUUCUACUCCAGGCGAAUCGAUGUAAGAAAUCUCGAUCAAGCGUUGAUCUGCUUGAAUCGGUUCUGAUAUUUACAAUGAUAAUUAAUAUAAUAUUCUGGUUUAACAAUAGCUUUCUUUUAGCUGAAUUCCCAAGUACAAGCAUACUCGAAAAUGAUCACUUUUCUAAGGAAUUGUUGGGUUUAGUGUAUAAAGUUUUGAUACCUGUGGCAAUAUUCUUUAGAUUUACAUCUUUUUUAGAAUUCUAUGCAACAUUCGAGAAAUAUCGUUCUCAGGAAUAAUACAUGCAAGAAGAUGUGCUCCAUUGUCAACCAUCUUCUUAAAAUUUGUAAAAAGAAGACGUCAGAAAGUUUCAUCGGGAUUUUAGAACAUAUUUAUAUUUUUAGAAUGUACAGUAAAACCUCGUCAUAUUGCCAACAUUUACAAAUUAGGGCGUUAUAAGUAGGUUCGGUGAUAAAGUGAGAUAAUAGUACAUGUAUAACGAAAUUCUUAAGAAAACGAGAAAAAAUUAAACAUUGAAAUAUCUGGCGAUAAACGAGAUAGUAAAUGAUAGAAAUUGGGCGUUACGUCGAGGUUUUACUAUAAAUAUAAUGUCUGUCUGUAUACCUAUUAAUUCAUGCUAGUUAUAUCGGGUUUUAAGUAAGUGUAUGGGGCCAUUUAAAUUUAGAUUUAUCAUAACAAAUAUCUAUGUCUGUUCACAAUUGCAAUCGUACAGCACCAUAUGACUUUUGAUUUACAGCGUUAAAAUAUAUCACAAUUGAUCAUGUUAACGAAUUCCCAAGUCAUCCAUUAUACAACAGCCGUUUUUAUGAACAUGUUCUGACAAUUUGAUUGGAUAAAACCUUGGACUGUGGAACUUGUCAGCUUUACAAUUGGCGUUGUAAGACUUUGUGCUCUUCCAUCCACUAUAUAGUGACAUCAUUCAUGGUUAAGUUUUACAAGUGUUAGCUUUACAAACAUUUUUAAUUAACUCAAUUCGAUCAUCUUUAUUUCGAAUCUUUGCUGUAUAGUUAGAUAUAUAUUUGUUAAUGUCUGUAAAGAAUGUCUUGUCUUAAAUUUUUUAAUAAAAUCAAACUCACAGUAGAAGUUAUAAGUUAUUUAUGGUGCGGCAAACAUUUCCUGGUGUGAGAAACAGGCUUGUUCAUUUAUUGUUUUAAGUAUCAGCACACAUAAGUAUGAUUCAGGUUUUUUCCCAAAACAAAUCUAAAACUUCCCACAUACACUAUUAAAGUGUCUCAAGUGCAAAAUUGUAUACGUGUAAUUAUAUCAGAGAUUGAAUUGACUAAUGAAGUAACGGUGACACGGUUCAUUCAUGUAAUAAUCUAAUGUUUGUAGUGGAUUUUUCUUACAUACAAGAACAGAAGUUUAACAACACAAAGGGAUAACACUACAACUGUGUUUAAUGAAACUGACCGAAACAGCUGAUAAAUAGUCGAUAGGUAAGUCGCGGUGACUUUCUUUUUCAAUAGGCAUAACUGUGUUACCUGUGUGUCUCAAUUAACAUAAUCACCACGCGAUACUACAUAUCGAUAUAUGUUGAUCAUGGUUCACAAGUAUAUUGACGUCGAGACAGAAGUAUAAGUUUGAAGUUCAUAACUUGUCCCUCUCUGGCCAUCUCUCAAGCAUCAAAACAUCUUCCACGGUAUUGAUGAAGUUUGAAGAAAACCUAGGAUGCAGAUCACCAGGUAAUUGACAGACACUCAUAGGGAAGGCCCUAAAGAAUACCAAAUCGUAUGUAGAAGAUAUUGAAUUGUUUAUCGUUGAAUACCAUACAUAUUUAAUUAGCUUAGCAGAAUACAGAUAUUGUUUACGACUGAAAAUAUCGGUAUAUUCUAGCAUACUAGUGAAUGAAAUAUGGUUUCCAACUGGAACAAAAUUAGACUUUCUAUUUAUUACAUUUUUCAAAUGUAAAACGACAAAUUGAAUAUUGCUGCAUCAAAGACGUUCGAAAAUUACCUUUAACAGAGCCGAUAAAACAAUAAAAGAAAUAUGAGUAGAUGUUAUAAUUGUGGACUUAAAUGUGUUUAUUUCCUCAGUCUUUUGGGACCCUAGAGAUUGAUCACAACUGCUGCUUGAUGUCCACCUCAGACAUCUGUGAUUCAACCUGUGAAAUAUCCCGAGUUAUCAUUUCAUCCAUAAUUGUGUUGCAUCAAUAAAUAAAAAAUGAAAUUAAAAUACAACUAUCAGUAAGUUAUUAUUUAUAAGACGUCCUCUGCAUUAAUAUGAAAUUUCUUUAGAAAUAAAUAUCAAACAGUCGUGUUCGUGUAUAUGGUUAUAUAAAUCUGCAAUACCUGUUGCACCCAUUAUGAUAUUACUAUAUAACAUAGUUUAAAACAGAUCUUACAGGUCAAAGGCAAGUAACUCACAAUUUCUGUUAUACCAUAUCGCGUGGUUACCGUGUAAUGCGUCAUCUCAAAUAUAGAUUUGAAUGUUGUCUUCUUUAAUUUGACGGAAAGAUACUGCCAUCACUUUGUCGAGGUCGUCUACAGCAGCAAACGUUUUCCAUCACAUGAGACAACAAGUGUCUUAUUUCUUUGAGUGUAUUGUUUAUGUCUGUUACCUCCUCUAUUGUCUUUCUUUCGUAAUCGUCUCCCUGAAAAUAAAUGUCAGCUUCAUGUAGCGAGGUAUUCAAAUACAUCAUUUAAAUCAUCGCGCGUAAUGCCCGUGUUACGGAAUGUAUGUGUGUGCACGUUCAGCACGGACCACCUGUCCAUAUCCCAGUCACCACCGUCUCCCUACUACACUCUGACUUUACCUCUCGACGGUAUCCAGUCACUACUUACUUUGGAUGAUCUUUGCAAGUGUUUAUGUGUGUCAGUAUACAAAAAUAUAAUUUCAAACAUGAUAAGCAGUCGUCAUAUUUCAUCAUCGUAUAUCCUUUUUUUCGUAUUGUGAGCGAUAUGUGUGUGUGAUUACGUAUGUUUAUUUAUUUCAUAGGUGUAUUUGUCAACGACAGAGAACGAAUACAGCUAACAUUUACUGGAACUGCGUUUGAGUUGUUCUUAAUAUUAGAACCUACUCUUUUGUCAAUAACUGGUGAAUGAUGCCCUGAUUGUUGCAGCAACGUACUUAAAGAGCACAACUUAAUCCGCCUGGUCUUCUUUGAUUUAUUUUGUGACCGGACUGAGCAAUCUCGAAAAAAAGAGUAAAGGGAGACUAACAAGGGUAGUAUUUCUUGAUUCAAAGUGGUCGACUUCCUUUUUUGACGGCAAGUGGGAUUUUUUCUUUAAACAGCAAAUAUGCAAUCGAUUGUAAAAAAAAACAACAUAAAUUCGUCACGGGAUUCCCCUCAUUAGUUAAGGCCCCUCUAAAUUUGUAAUUACAUUGUACUCCAUUAGGGAGUGCUAUUUUGCUUUCGUAUCUAAAACCAUAUUCGUAUUUUGCAUAUACUGUGUUAUUAUACCAUCCAUAAAAAGUCCAGCAUUCAGUCAGCACAAAAUAAGUAAAAUAAUGAAAUGACUUCCCUAAACGAUUUUAAAGGACUCUGCCUAUAUAUGCGAUUCUCUAUUUUAACAUUUAAAUGUAAAUGUUCAAGCCUGAAUACUUAUAUUGCAUAUAACAUUCAAUCUAACCUUAUUAAGAUAACUUCACUUCAAUGGGCGUUACUACAGGUGGAGUGGGAGACGUAGCAUAGCCUUUUGCAAGUCAUGUUCCUGUAAGCAUUGAUAGCUUCAUCAUUGAGGUGUUGUGUGAAAAGGGUAUUGUCUAAAUCAUUGCUAUCUUUACUAUACAGCAUUACGUGUUCAGUGAAAUGUAAGCAUUGUCAACUUUGCUACAUUGGUACAUGUGAACAAUGUAACCUUAAUUUACAUAUCCUUAGUAAGUAUAUCACUACGCAUGCGUGGUUAAGAUAUUGGAUUUCCCAAAGUAAAAUUAACUUCCUGUUUCCUUUAUUACAAUAGAGCAAACGCACUGUGUGAUUUCUAACUUAAUAACUAGUUACUUUACUCUAUAAUGCGGUACAUAUCUACUAACUAACCACCCACCGACAUUGUAUGUACACUACAUGUAAGACCGUAGUCAAUGACUGGGUCUUCGUAACAUGUAUACUUAGCGCAUCCCCUUCCACGUCAUUAAACAUAUCAUACAUGAAGUGUUGAAGACCUAUAUUGUCCUGCUUAUCUGGCGAAGUCUACAUAAUUAAGGGAUUUUUUUUUUUUACUUCUAUACAAGGUAAGGUAUUUCGAAUCAUCAUAGAAUAUUUAAGGAAUCAAAAUGUUUUAAAAUGAUAUGAUUAUUCUUUAGUGCAUUAUAAAUGUGUAUUAAGAUUAUUUACACUGCAUUGCAUAAAGUAUCCGUAAAUUUAUUCAUGGAGAUAAUAGCAGUAGAUCGUUCAUGAUCAAACGGACUAACUGACUGAAACACACAGGUAGGCACGCUCACACACAUGUACACAGGAACACCCUUAAACAAACAUUCACAAAUAAACACGCUCAAACGUCAAUAAGGGCACGUUGUAAGAUGUACGGUGUACUUAUGAAAUUCAACUCCUUAAUUAUCUUCAUUGUAUUGAGAAAAUUGUUAGUCAUAUUUGAAAUAGGAUGGAAGGUGGGUAAACUCCAAACUUUUAUGAAUUUCGAAAAUUAUAGAAAUGGUGGUAAAAUACAGACAGUGGUUUAUGUACGAUUAUUCAGUCUUACCUGUAGUAGGUGUAUACGCUGUAUGAAAGGGGGUGUUCACUAUUCGUGAGCAUCGAGGAUGUAAAAUUAAACAAAGAUACAAAAGAAAAAGAAUUUAUAAUUUUGAAUAGCGAAAAUCCGGUUGUUUGUCUGUCUGUCAUAUCUAACACACAGUCACUCAAGGACGUAUACUCUCCAUCCUAUUAUUAAAUGCUGUAUAAAAAAAAUGCUGUUUAUUAUUAUUAUUAUUAUUAUUAUUAUUAUUAUCCUAGUUCAGCCUUGGAUAUGAACUAUUUUAUGACGUCAUUUGCACCUAGUUCUCAAGUGAUACUACAAAUUAGCUAUAUCUAAUAUGUUACCGAUUCAUUGCAUGUUCUGCAUUCAGCGUUAUGACGUAUGGGUUGAAAUAUAUGACACUGGUUUAUCUGAAGCAGAGUUGCGUUUUCGCUGUUAGUGUUAUUACACAAGUUACACCCUGUUGAGUAAUGUGUACCGCAAUAUUGUUGAUUUGUUUA